AUGGCCACCGGCUGGCGCUACAGUGUUCGGAUCCCCGACUACACCAAGGAGGAAACCCAGGGAGAAGACGACGUCGUGUACUAUCAGGUGGACGUGCUGGUCCAACCUCCUGGCAGCUCGGAGCCCUCGGCACCCUCCACUGUCUGGCGCCGAUUCUCUGAAUUCAGGCAGCUGCACACAAAUUUGAAGACAGCUCUACCAACCUUGUUCAAGAGCAAGGAUUUGGAUCCACCUCCAAAAAAGUCCCUGCGUUUUGUCAACAAUAGCGAAAAGCUGCUAAACGAGCGAAGGCAAGGGUUGGAAACAUGGCUGUGGGCACUUAUGUCUCGCAGGGAGAUCGCACAGAGCCGAGAAAUGAGAGCAUUCCUGCAGCUUCAUCUGGCUGUGCGUGCUGCAACGUCGACUGGGGCAAUGUCUCCAGCAACACCUGAUCACAGGGCUGGCGAAUUUGAUCCUACAUCCUUUGCUGGUUCAGAAGUCACUGAGGGAGAAGUGGAUACUGUCAGUGAAGCCUCUGGUCCAAGUGUCAUUACGACCAUCAGCAAUAUUCCCACAGAGAACAUGUCCAUGGGAAUGCCAACGAGAUCUCAGAUGGGGGAUGUAGCCGAAGCCCUGCGAAUGGGUUUGAGAGUAGAGCAGCGCUCAGACUUGAAGAAGCUGCUUGGAAUCAUAAACCACUACAUUGACCAGGCUGGUCGGGACCUUCAAGAGUCCUCGGCAGAGGUCUCGAGACUGCAGCAGGCCAAUCGUGAACUAAUCGAAAGGACCCAUUCCCUGGAGGCUCAGGUCCAAGGAGACAACUCACCGCACGACACAUCGACUUUGGAAUUGCAACAGAUCCUGGAGCACAAAGAUGCGUCCCUGUGUGAAGCACAGUCCAGAGUGAAGGAAUUGGAAGCAUCUGUUUCAUCCAUGGAAGCCCACUGCUCAGGUUUGGAGUCUAAACUAGAGGAAGCCGCUCAAGCACACCAGCUAUCAGGCAAAGAACUGGAAGAGAGGGCUGCCCGAUUGGCGCAAGAUCUGCAGAGCUCAGAAAAGCGGUGUGCAGGCCUAGAGCAGGAUCUGGCUGAGUGGAAAAGGAAGUACAAAGAAGACAAUAGGAAGCUUGCAGAGGCUGUAAGGGCACUGAGAGGGGAAAAGGCAGAUUUUGAUACCAAGAUUUCCAAACUGGAGGAGGGCCUAGCCAAUGCCAGGGAUGAAAAGGACGAGGUCGUUGCAAGGCUUCAAGGUAAGGUUCAUGCCCUGGAACAAAAAUUGGCUCAGGAGCAGCACGAGAGGAGUGCAUGGGAAGCUGAGCAUGUGGGCAAGUUGGAGGCCUCCUUGAAUUCAGCAUUGGCAGUGAGCGAAGGGCUCAGGACAGAGCAUCGUAAGGUGCUGUCUUGGUUGGAUACGAUGCAAGGGACCUUGUGCGAUGUUGACAACACAGAGACCCUGCUUCUGGAAAGGCUGAACAGUUUUGCUCAAGGAAUGAAGGAAGAGAAGGGGGCCCUGGAAGCCAGGUUAGCUGCUGCAGGCACGAAGUGCCAGGAGAUGGAGCAAAGGGUGGCUGUCCUGGAGGGGUGCAGUGUGGCAGCUGAAGAAUUGGAAUCUCUGCAGAGACAGCAUGAUGCAUUGCUGGUAGCCCAUGGAGACAUUGAGAAGCAGCUGGCAGAUAAGUGCCAUGACGUGGAAGAGCUUCAGAGGGUCAAGGUGGAGCUUGAGCAGCUACAGUCAUCCUACAGGGAAGUCGCAGCUGAGAGGGACGCCGCCCUAUCAGCACACGAGAAGCUGAAGGAAGUGAAUGGGAAGGUGCGCGGCUUAGGGGAGGAGGUGGGCAGUCUGCGGUCUGAAAACCAGCUUCUGAGACAGCACAGUGCCAAAUCUGCUCGGCUCACUUCGGACCUGGAACUUGUGAUGGGUGAAAACAAGUCGCUGAAAGAAAAGCUGGAGCAGAAGGAGGUGGACAGUAGGGAGGUAGUUGGGUUGAGAAAUGAGCUGGUUGACCUGAAAGCUGCGAACUCUGCUCUGACACGGGUUGAGGGUGAGAUGAAGCAGCACUUGGUGGAAUUAGAGGCCAAACUCAGGGAGCAGGCAGCCAUGGAGCAGGAGAUCGCGAGUCUUCGAAUGAGCAACGAUAGGUGUGAAACCCUGUCCAAAGAAGUGGAGUUGCUGAAGAGCAAGCUGCGUGACGCAUCAGCGGACAAUGGCAGCCAUUUGGGCCCUGUCGCUGUGCAGUUAGACAGGGUAUUGGCAGAGAAUGAGCAAUUAAAGCAACGGAACAGGGAAUUAGGCACACAAAACAAGGUUCUCACAUCAAGACGAUCCGAGCCUGGUGAGUUGGAAACCCUCAAGGCCCAGCUGGCUGAUUCCAACAAGUUAGUGCAGGAAUUGAGGGAACAAUUCAGGGCUGUGGGGCUAGAGAGGGAGCAGCUUGCAGCUGCACAAGAAUCUACCAGUCAAGCAUUAUUGCAGGCGCAAGCCGACAGCAUUCAGGCAACCAACAAGAUUAGCGAGCUACAGAAUGCUGUGGAACGAUUGACAGCAGCCUCUGCUGCUGCAAGUGAACUCAAGAGCCCAGCUGGGGAUGCAGGGUUGGAUGUCACAAGUUCUGACACAGGCGACAUGCACCAGCCAGGGCAGCAUGACAAGGAAUUCAUUCAGAAAAUCAGCUGCGAAGUGCGCGAGAUCUUCUCCCAACUGAUUGGCUGUGAUGUUUCUGGCCUGCCUGUGGAUGGAUCAGUUGACCCCACUGCCCUGGAUGGUUUUCUCGAGCGUGUUGGGCAGAGCAAUGGCCAACUGACUCUCAUAGAGACAAGGACCAGAGAUUUGCGAGACGGGCAAGCUGCAGCCACACUGGAUGACAGACCUGUGGCCUUGGAUCUCCGGCUAGCGCUUGCAGACGUCUUGGAUGAGCUUGCCAGGAAAUACAAAAAGAUAAACGAGAUCACUGUUCAGAGAUUGCUUGCAUCUUUUGAGGCCAGCAGUGCACUGCAGUCACCAAGUGGCCAUACCUCAAAUGUUCCAUCGUCACCAACACAGAGUAUUCCAAUUCCUGCUGCGCACCAGUCCAGGCAGGCCCAGGCAGUCAGGAAGCAGCCUCAGAGGACAUGGACCAGGGGCACCCCAGAACAGACAUCUCCAAGGGCCAUCCGAUCCACAAGGUCUGUUGGGUCAUAUGACGAGCUUGCAGGGGGCUACCAGAGGCUUCCUGGUCGGACGACAUCUGCUGCAAGUGCGGAGAGCACAGGGGGUGGGCCCCAGGACCCGUCUUCACCAGAAGGCAGUGGAACAGGGGUCCGGGGUUUCUUGGGCGGCCUUGCAAAGAUGGGCCAGAGUUCAGGCUUUAUGCAGAAGAUGUCGAGCAGUUUCAUCAACAGAGCGGGGCAGGCUCCCCAGCAACAGCGGCAGGGCCCUGCCCAACGCGUCCAGAGCGAGCAGAGUCCACCCGGUUGA